AUGCAUUCUCUAUUAAAUUUUUGGAUAUUAAUUAUAGCAUUUGUUUUGGGAGUUAUAGGUCGUGGUGAUUUGGGAUUUUCUAUUAGUACUAGGAAAUUGGAUGGGAAUUGCAAAAGUACACAGGAUUAUUUAGAUGAUAUUUCAUUAAUUUCUUCAUAUUCAAAAUUUAUUCGUAUUUUUUCAAUUAGUGAUUGCAAUUCUAUGAAAAAUAUUAUGCCUGCUAUAAUCCCUAGUGGUAUGAAGAUUAUUCUUGGAAUUUGGCCAGGUGGUGUUGAUACCGCGCAAUUCAAUGAUCAAUUGUCGCUACUAAAGGAAAUUCCACAAGAACACGUUCCUUAUAUUUAUGCAAUUUCAGUAGGAUCAGAAGUUCUUUAUCGCAAGGAUUAUUCAGAUGAUGUUUUAUUGAGUCAAAUUACUACUGUUCGUAAUUUGUUAAAUCAGAUGAAUUUUCAAACUAUUAAAGUUGGAAUGGCGGAUACUUGGAAUGUAUUUGCUGAUGGAACAGCGAAUAGAAUUAUUGGAGCCUUAGAUAUUGCUUUUGUUAAUUCUUUUCCAUAUUGGCAGGGUUUUGCAGUAGAACAUUCUACUUAUACAUUUUUUGCUGAUAUUUCCAAUACUUUCAAUGUUAUUAGGUCUAUAAACCAUAAUGUUGAAAUAUGGAUUGGUGAAACUGGAUGGCCUACAGAUGGUGUCCCUUAUGGAGCUGCUAUACCUAAUGUUGAAAAUGCUGCUUAUUUUUGGGCCAAUGUCAUUUGUUCGUCUUUAUUUAAUGAUCUUAGUGUUCUUGUUUUUGAAUUAAUGGAUGAGCCGUGGAAAGGAGAUGCUGUUGGUUUAAGUGGUCAAAGUUCAAAUGUUGAAAAAUUUUGGGGUGUUUUUGCGAUUGAUAGAAAACAAAAGUACAGUUUAGAAUGUCCUAAAGAAUCUGAGAGAGUUAUACCUUCUAUUAAUAGUAAAGUUAUUACUUCAUCAGAUUCAGGAAAUAAAGAUAAUGGUGAAUCAAAAGUAGAUUCUGGCAAUACAGAUAAUGGUGAAUCAAAUGUAGAUUCUGGCAAUACAGAUAAUGGUGGAUCAAAUGUAGAUUCUGGCAAUACAGAUAAUAGUGGAUCAAAUGUAGAUUUUGGAAAUAUAGAUAAUGGUGAAUCAAAUGUAGAUUUUGGAAAUAUAGAUAAUGGUGAAUCAAAUGUAGAUUCUGGCAAUGCAGAUCAUGAUAGUCUUGAUGAUAAUUUUCAUGAUUCUUUAACAGAUAUAAAAGAACCAAAUAUGUCAUCUCGCAUUUCAUUUUCUUUAAAAAAUGCAUUUUAUUUAAGUUUUACUGCAUUUUUGUUUUUAUUCUUUUUUUAUUAAAGUUAUAGGCAUUAUUUUGAUAUUGGAAACUAUUGGGUAUUUUUAGUGUUAUACUAUCAGGAUUGAACUAAUAUUAGUCUAUUUAUUCUUAGCCCUAAAUUUAAAAAAAUAAUCAUAAAGUUUUAAAAAAAAUAUCGAAAAAUAAUCAUCAAAAUAUGAAUGAAUUAAUAAAAUGUAUAUAAAAUAUUCAUA